GCCACGCAGGCUGGGCACCAGAGCGCCACGAGGUGCCCGAUGGAGGGCGCCAUUGUGGAGGAACCUAGCGUUGCAAUGGAGUCCUGGUGCGGGGCAGGGGUCCGUGGGCAGGGUUCUCAGGGUCCCCGUGUGCCUGGGGCCUCCCACACCCGCGCCCGCGCCCGCGCCUUUCUCCUGCUCUUGCUGCUGCUGCUGCUGCUCCUGCCUCGGCGGCCUGCAGGCUGCCUGGCCGCAGGAGAACCCCCGGGGACGCUGUCCACCGCAGCCCCGACAGGCCCUGGAGUCUCCUGUGCCUCCAGGGGCAUCUGCCCCUCCGGCAGGCUUCGCCUUCCUCGGCAGGACCAGACUUCAGAGACCACGACGGCUCCACCGAACUCAGAGACCACGACCGCUCCACCGAAAACGGUGGGGGUUGUGGGCGCGGCGGUCACGACUGGGUCCGUUCCUAACAGGAAACCCAGCAACCUCUCCUUCUGUGGCUCCUCCCACGAACCAGACCCUACUCUCAGGGACCCAGAAGCCAUGGUGCGGCGGUGGCCAUGGAUGAUCAGUGUGCAGGCUAACGGCUCACACGUCUGUGCUGGCAUCCUCAUCGCUUCCCAGUGGGUGCUGACCGUGGCCCAUUGCCUGAGCCAGAAACAUGUUAACUAUACAGUGAGGGCGGGGAGCCCAUGGAUUAAUCAGACGACAGGAACCAGCUCAGAUGUGCCGGUACAUCGGAUCAUCAUAAACAGUGGCUACCAACCUAGGCGGUACUGGUCUUGGGUUGGCCGGGUCCAUGACAUUGGCCUCCUCAAGCUCAAGUGGGGACUCAAGUACAGCAAAUAUGUGUGGCCUAUCUGCCUGCCUGGCCUGGAUUAUAUAGUGGAUGACAGUUCUCUCUGCACUGUGAUAGGCUGGGGAUAUCCCAGGGCUAAUGACGUCUGGCCCCAGUUCCAGUACCUCCAGGAGAAGGAAGUGUCCAUUCUGAACAACAAGGAAUGUGAUCAUUUCUACCACAAGUUCUCCAGGAUCUCCUCUCUGGUUCGGAUCAUCAACCCUCAGAUGAUCUGUGCCUCGGACAACAACAGGGAGGAGUUCUGCUACGAGAUAACUGGAGAGCCCUUGGUCUGCUCUUCAGAUGACACAUGGUACCUGGUGGGAAUGAUGAGCUGGGGCCCAGGCUGCAAGAAGAGCGAGGCCCCGCUCAUCUUUCUGCAGGUCUCCUACUACCAGCCUUGGAUCUGGAACCUCCUGAGUGGGGAGCCCCCAGCCCUUCCGGCCCCAUCCAGGACCUUGCUUCUGGCUUUCCUUCUGGUCCUCAUUCUGGGCACUCUGUGACACUGCCAUGUCUCUCCUUCCUUCCCCUCCUCCUGAGUGCUGAUGUGGGGGUGGCGCUCAGCCAGCGGGGACUAGCAGAGAUUAAACACUUCUUCUUUCCAUGUC